CGUUAAAGCAGAACAGAGUUUUACAUUUCACAUGUGCUGCAAGGCAGAGAGUAUCUCAGAAAUAGAAACCUGCAUGUUUUGCGAGCAAUGGAUGAAAUCUAUGAAAACUUCGAAUCUGGCCAAUCUGUCAAACUGAAAUAUUCGGCAAAUUUCUCAGGUCCAAGGACCUCUAAGUGGUCUUUAUAUGUAGGCCUUAACUUCUUUCUGAUACUGCUGAGUGUUUCCCUGUUGGUUGGGCUCAUCAUCCUUGGUGUCCGCUGUCAUACCUCUGUUCAUGAUGUGGCUGCAGAGCUCUCUGCCAACAAGGAGAACCUGACUAAGCUUCUCCAGACCAGUAACGACAAACUCUCCUCCAUGACUGAGGAGAGAGACCUGCUGAAAGCCAACCUGACUGAAAAAAACAAAGAGCUUGAAAGGCUUCAGAGUCUGUCCAAACAGAAGAAAACGUGUCCUGCAGGAUGGAAAAUGUUCAAUUGCACCUGUUACUUCCUCUCUGAAGCAUCUGGUUCCUGGGAUGAAGCCAGACAGGACUGCAGAAACAGAGGAGCAGAUCUGGUGGUGAUAGACAGCCCUGAAGAACAGACCUCUGUCUCUACAUUAACCAAGGCAGCAGCUUGGAUUGGUUUGAAUGACAGAGGAGGAGAAGAUACCUGGAAAUGGGUUGAUGGAACUCCAUUAUCUCUAAGGUACUGGGGGGAAGACCAGCCUGAUAACGGAGGUAAAGAUGCCCCCUUGACCGAAGAGGACUGCGCUCAUAUCAGAGCUGUCACCAGUGAGUGGAACGACCUGCCGUGUCAAACUUCUGUGCAGUGGAUUUGUGAGAAACAAGCCUAACACCAAAGUAUGGUAUCUGACAAUAAACCUGGCAGUGCCCUUCCAGUGUAAGCAGUUAUGAGAAUUUGUAUGUAGUUAUGCAUAAACAUGUAUGUACACGUAUUGUAUGAAUAAAAGAAAGAGUUACACAUUUUAAAAGACCACCAGAUCUGACUUCUUCACUUUGUGUGUAACUGCUAUUUCUGCCGUUGAAUACAAUAUCUCUGUCUCUCA